AUGAAGUCAAACUCAAAAACGGGUUCUAAAAAAACUGUUAUUGAUACCAAAAGACGAAAUGACAAGCAAGUAGCUCAAAUGUCAAAAAUGCCCUCUAAUGUUGUUUCGACAAUUUCUCAAAACAAAUUGAAGGAGAUUCGGAGCUACUUUGACUAUCAAAAUGUAGCAGGGCAAAAAAGUCUUGUAAAUGAAUCCAGCGUAGAAGCAAAUAUUGCGAACAAAUCACUUGACAGCGAGGCGAUUAUUGAUUCUGUUAUGAGGAAGGUUAUCGAGCUAAACCGCGAUAAACUCACAGACGCAUCCCUUCUAAAAGUUCUCACCUCAGUAUAUCUAGAUGCAAAAUCAAAGCUCGAAGAUAAUGUUUCGAAGAAUUCAGUCCACCAGAACUUGAAUUCUAUAAACUCUUCAAAUAUUUCUUUAGACUUAAAAAAGUCUGUUCCAACAGGGGACGAUAUGCCAAUAUCAGAUGAAAACUUCCACCGGCUAAGGGAAAAAGCUGAAUUUGCAGUGACUGCAACCCAUGACUCUACAGACAAACUACUAACCAACCCUGUAACUGACUCAGAUUUGUCGAGACAGAAGGACUUAUAUAUUCAAUCAAACAAUGAAGCCUCUUUAUCUUCGGACAGACGUGAUGCUGAAACCACAGAGAAAUCUAAGAUUAAUGGCACUUUAUCUAAUGGUAGUCAAACAAGUGUUGUUUCCACCGUCCCUCCAGCUCUUACUCCUAUGGCAUUUGGUUCCGGACAAGACGCCCAUUUGCUAAAACAGGAAGAAAAUCGUCGACAAUGGAAAGCUGCAUUAGACGAACAGCUAAAAGAACAGCAACUUAAGCGGGAGAAACGUAUACAACAGACGCAGAGGAAAGGUGUAGACGAUAAACAUCAGGAAGAAUCUCUCGCAAAUGAUCUGCAACAUGUUGACACUCAUUCGUGUGUUGAUGGGUCGAAUAGACUAGGCAAUGUGCGCAACCAUGCAUUAGUUUCACACCCUUCAGCAAGUCACUUCUUGUCAUCGGACUUUUCGUUACCUGACUCGACAGUAAACACCGAUUUCACAUUAUCCCAUGGAGCAAAGAAUCAGUCCAGCAAACUGAGCUUUAAUCGUGUACGUGGCUUUACUCAACAAAUAUACAAUGAUUCUAUAGAGGCUGCCGAACGAGCAAAACUUGCUCACGAAACUAGAUUGAUAAAUUUGAAACAGAUUGAAGAAAGACGUCGUCAGAAAGAAGAAGAAAAGGCAAGACUCAUAAUGGAAGAAAAGAUGGAAGAAGAGCGUAUUGCUCGUGAGCGUCUUCGUCUACAACAGAUGGCUGAGUUGGAAAAUGCUCGAAAAAAAGCGAAAGAUGUGGAAGAAUUUCAACGUACACAAUACUUAUAUGAAUCACUUGUUCGUGCUCAGGAAGAAGCAAAGUUGAAUAAAGUUCGAAAAAAUCCAUGCUACUCUGAAAUUAAUCAAAAUAAUGGUUUCCUAGAAUUCAAUAGGAUUCCAAAAUCUGAAUCUCAUAAUGCUUCAUCUCUUACGGGUGGUCAGAAUAAAAUUACUAAUCCUGCUUUCAGUUUCACAUCUACAUCUACUUGGAAUGUGUCAGAUAGCCCGUCUUACAACAACCAUUAUACUAUGGCACCCGCUAAAUCAUCGUUUGCUGUUCAAACUUCAUUUCUUGAAGAUAUUGGCAUUCAAACAGAAUCUGUCUCAACAGAUAAUUCUGAGAAUCAUCGGGCUUCAAAUAAUACAGAAGGUAAGAAUGGAAUGAAAGGCACUGCUACUUACAAACUAACUCCAAGUGAUAGUAAACUGAUGAAAAACUAUUCAAACAAGGCAGUUAAUCAAACUAAAUUACCUUCUAACCCCUCUCGACAGAAUCGUUCUUUGCCAACAGAUAAAAAUAUACAACAGAAGAUUUCAAAUGUAAAUAAAAAAGAAACUUUAAAUGUAUUGAAAUCUAAACAGAAUUCAAAAAUUCAACCACGCCAGCUUGAUGUCCCUAAUAACAACAAUGAUAUUAAAUCAACCGGUGAACAAUCAGUCCUAUCUAGCAGUAGGACGCUGUCAUCAAGUCUGGAUAAAAUAAAUGCUCUAAAACCAGGACUGGGAAGAACUGUCCAAGAUGGAAAUUACUUCAAAAGUCGUAUCCCUGUGCCAAUAUCCACAACCCACAGUAUAACAAUGAAUUCCCUACCUAGACAACAAGUCGCCACCACCUAUUCUUCAUCUAAGAAAACAUCGUAUCCUGAUAAUCAAAAUCCUUACGGACCUUUAGACCUUAUCCGUACAUAUGAUGUUUUGAAUCCGAAUGUUAUGAGUCAUGUGGCCCUACCUGUAAGUACAGAAACUGAAAAUACCGUUACAAACACAAAGAAAACAGAUGCUAAGGACCCACUUGUAAAUCCCAAUUCAAUAAAUGAACGACCAAUCAAUCGACAAGAUACUAUUUUACAGCAAUUAUCAGAAAUUCGUAAAGGUUUACAACUACGCCAAAUGUUAUACGAAUCAGGAACAUAUGAAGAUGAUAGUGAUGAGUAAAAAGGGCAUGUCCUCACGGUGACUUCUCAAUGAAAAUUUCUGUUUCAUUUCAUAUCAUAUUUGUAUUGACCACAUAUCAGUAGAUUUCUUAUGAUGCCUUACAUAACUCUUUCUUAUCGUCAUCAACGCAACAUAUCAUCAUCAUAAUGAUCCUUAUACAUUUUUUCUUCUUACCCAUCUUCUUUUCCACUCCGAAAACAGCUGUUAUACCUGUUAUAUUGCCUGUGAUGUAGAGAUGUAGCUGGUCAGCUUUAUUUUAUAAGUUUCAACUUGAGCUACUUAACUGUGUAGCUCAGUUCUUAUACAGUUUAUACCAUUCCGAGCAACUUAGUUUCAAGUAGCUAGUGUGUAUGCGUGUGUGUGUGACUGUCAUUCAACAAACAUUAAGUGUUAUAUGCAUUUAUCAUCUUGUCUCUUUAGUUUAAUUGAUGUGUAUGCUCGUGUUUCCAGUGAAUAUAUAUUAACAUGACUAAGGAUCUUGCUUAUUCAAAAUGUAAUUUUCUGGGGAAAAAUGUUUAAGGAUAAAGUCAAAGAGGUCAUUGUUUAUUAUAAUACUGAAGUAUUUUACCUGAGUUUAAUAUAUAUUUUGCUUAUUUUGCUUUUCUUUCGAAAUUUAGUUUUCUGCUUGUUUUAUAUUUGAAAUUUUGAUUGGUUUGAAAAUUAUUUGGAACAAAAUUAAAUAAAAUGAUUUUAUAAAGCAGUUUUCCGUUCUGUUUUUUUAAAGAUUUAU